AUGAAGCUCACAUACACUACCGUUAUUGCUAUCUUAGCCGCUGUUGCCCAGACACAAUCCAUCGCAGACCUCACAGCCUCGCUUCCAGCCUGCUCGCUGACCUGCUUGCAAACUGCCAUCACUGGUGCAGGUUGCUCCAUCACCGACAAUGCGUGCCAGUGCGGCUCCGCCAAGGCUGGCAUCACUUCGUCUGCAACCCCCUGCCUCCUCAAGGCCUGCCAAGUUUCUGAUGCCCUGAAUGUGCAAACCAUCACCGGCAAGAUUUGUGAUUUGGCAAGUGUGACAAGUGCCGCUUCAAGCGCAGCCUCUGUGGCUUCUUCGGCGGUUGCUUCCACUACAAGCGCUCCUGCCGCCUCAAAUCCUGGAUCUAAGGUUGAAGCCUUUGGUAUGGUCGGUGCCGCUGCCAUGCUCGCUGCUAUGGCCUUGUAA